GCUGUCAACAGUAUUGAUUUCAUUUGUCGUCAUUUAAAAAAAAAAUAUAAAUAAGUUGAAAUUCAAGUUUGUCAAAUUACGCCAAACUCCCGUGAUGACUACCAUAGGAAUCGAUCUGGGUACCACUUGUUCCUGCGUAGCCGUAUUUCGGAACGGCAACGUCGAAGUGAUUUCCAACGAACACGGUAACCGGGUUACGCCAAGUUUCGUUGCCUUCAACGGGUCGGAGAUUUUGCUGGGCGAUUCAGCUCGGGAUCAGGCAGCACAUAAUCCGAAAAACACGAUCUACGAUGUCAAACGGAUGCUGGGUAGACGGUGUGAUGAUCCAAAAAUAAGAAAUGACUUGCGCCAGUGGCCAUUCGAGGUGGUGAAUGAGCAAGGCAAUCUGCUGAUUGCUGUUGAGUUUCGGCAGAAGCGGAAGUUGUUUACACCGGAAGAGAUCAGUGCUUUAAUUUUGGGAAAAAUGCGACAGAUGGCUGAACUUUACCUGAAUGAACAAGUACACGAUGCAGUUAUCACGGUUCCAGCUCACUUUAACGAUGCCCAACGAAAAGCAACGAAAGACGCUGGAGCCAUUGCUGGCCUUCAUGUAAUGAGAAUACUCAACGAACCAACUGCCGCUGCUUUAGCCUAUGGAUUGGAUAAAAAUUUCCAAACGGAAAGAAAUGUGUUGAUAUUUGAUUUGGGGGGCGGGACCUUUGACGUAUCGAUUCUGACCAUUGAAGAAGGCUCCGUAUUUGAGAUACUGGCAACAGCAGGAAAUCCACAUUUGGGUGGAGUCGACUUCGAUUUACGAUUGGUUAAGUAUUUAGUCAAAGAUUUAUAUCAAAAACAUAAUAUAGAUAUCAGAUCAAAUCACAAAGCCAUUCGAAGGCUCCGAGCAGCAGCUGAAUUGGUGAAACAUACUCUGUCCACGACAAUCGAAGCCAUCAUAGAUAUAGAUGCUCUAGAAGAUGGGGUGGAUUUUAUAACGACAGUAACCAGAGCACGUUUCGAAGAGCUGUGCUCUGAUUUAUUUCAAAUGACCAUCGAACCAAUGGAAAAAGCCCUUAGGGAUGCCAAGAUGACUCGAGAAACUAUUCAUGACAUCGUCAUGGUUGGAGGUUCUUCACGCAUUCCCAAGAUCCAGUCUAUAGUGCAGGAGUUUUUCGACAGGAAACAUCUGUACAACUCAAUACACCCCAACGAAGCCGUAGCCUAUGGAGCUGCUGUCCAGGCAGCUAUACUUAGUGAAUAUAGAGACGCAAAGAUACAACAACUCUUGCUGGUAGAUGUGACGCCCUUGUCACUUGGCAUACAAACAGCUGGAGGUGUUAUGACAAAUGUCAUAGACCGCAAUACCAGACUUCCAUGUCGAGGAAAACGAAGGUUCACAACAUACACCGACAAUCAACCAGGAGUUACAGUGCUUGUUUUUGAAGGUGAGCGAGCCAUGGCCAGGGAUAACACCAAGUUGGGAAGUUUCGAAUUGUUGGGUUUUCCUUUGGCUCCCAAAGGCGUACCAAAAAUAGAAGUUACGUUUGAGCUUGACUUAAACGGAAUCCUUCACGUAACGGCCGAAGAGUUGAGCUCUAGGAAAGCUUGCAGCAUUCGCAUCACCAAAGACCGGCACCAGCUGUCGGAGGAUGAUAUCGCUCGUAUGCUGGACGAGGCCGCAUUUUACCGGGAAAUUGAUAACCAGCAGCGUUUGCGAAGUUUUUCCCGUAACAAAUUGGAAGCGUUCUGUUUCAAAGUUCGAGCAAAUAUUGGGGAAGAUGGUGUCGAGCAGGAUGAGCGAAAGGCCAAAGCAUUGAAAGUUUGCGAAGAGACGUUGCAAUGGUUGGAGAACAAUCCGACGGCCGAAAAGGAUGAGUAUGAAGCUCAAUACAAGACGGUGGCAAAAAUAUCUAAACCGCUCCUGAAGCAGCUUGAAAACUGAACAGAUUGGUGGUGAAUGUUUUUCAUCAUCUGUAUUUUUGCACUGUUUAAGCUGAAAUGAAGCAAAAGGAAUCUGUAGCUUUCAAGCUAGACAAUAAAACAGUCAGGAUUUUUAUAACUUUUUUCUAGUUGAUGCUAUAGUUUCUGAACUAAAUUAACUGAC